CGAUAAUAAAUUUUCUGGGAGUCUUCCUGAUUUUACAGGAUGUUCAUCAUUGAAGAACUUACUACUUGGUGGUAAUCGAUUAACUACCUGGGAAACUCAAUCAAUCGGAGAACUCACUGGUCUUCAUCAACUGAAUGUUUCAAGGAAUUUGAUAAACAGUACAAUCUCUGAGUAUAAUCUGUGUAAGUUAUACAGUAUAAGGUUGUUGGAUGCAUCAUUUAACUCACUCACAUUUAAUAUGAGUUCCGAAUGGUUUCCUCCUUUCAACCUUCCAGAACUCUUUUUGGCAUCUUGCAACUUGGGGCCAUUAUUUCCUACAUGGAUCCAAAAUCAGACAGACAUUAUUGGCCUUGAUUUCUCGAACACCCAAAUUUCAGAUACCAUCCCAAUGUGGUUCUGGGACAUCACCACCACAAUGCAGAGGUUAGAUCUCUCUUCCAACAAAAUCAAGGGCAUAUUUGCUUCCAUACCAUUAUACAUUGAAGAGAUAGAUCUGAGUGCUAACAACUUUGAAGGACCAGUACCCCUCAUCCCUCCACAAUGUUCAAAGAUUGAUCUUUCUCAUAAUAAGUUUUCAGGAAAUAUCCUGCCUUUGUCUAAAGUUGAAGCCACAACUUUGAGCUUUCUUGAUCUUUCACAUAACUUAUUGUCCGGUGAAGUUCCUGAUAGCUGGAUAUAUUUUCAAGAUCUCGUGUUUCUUGACUUGGGAAACAAUAAUUUUUCUGGUAAAAUUCCGAUGUCUAUUGGAUAUCUAGCAUCACUCAGGACACUGAUUUUUAGAAACAACAGUUUGAAUGGAGGAUUGCCCGAGUUCUUAAGAAACAGCAGCAGCCUUGGUUUUGUGGACUUCGGUCUUAAUAACCUUUCCGGAGUUGUGCCAGAAUGGAUUGGACAAGACCUAACACAGUUGUAUGCUUUAAUAUUAAAAUCCAAUGAUUUUUAUGGAAGCGUGCCUCAUGAUCUGUGUCAUCUCUCAGAUAUUCGUUUCUUAGACCUGUCCAAGAACAGAAUUUCGGGAAGUAUACCUCCAUGUUUUAGUAAUCUAACUGCUAUGGUUGAAAAUGAAAUUGGAAUCACAGAUCAUUACUACACUGCUACAUAUGGAGUCAACUUCAGACAAGCAAUCUUUAGUUAUUUCGAUGAUGCAUUUGCUGGAUGGAAAGGGAAGGAACGAGAAUGUGGAAGCAGUUUUGCUUAUCUAAAGAUGAUAGAUCUUUCUAGCAAUGAACUCACAGGAGAAAUUCCCAUUGGGAUAACAAAGCUUCUUGAUCUCAAUGGAUUGAACCUGUCAAGAAAUAAGUUUGAUGGGGAAAUUCCAGGACAGAUUGGUAGAUUGAAAAAAUUAGAAAGUCUUGAUUUGUCCAGCAACUAUUUUUCAGGUGAAAUUCCUCAAAGUAUGUCUGGCUUAACUUUUCUUUCGUAUUUAGAUCUCUCAGACAACAAUCUUUCGGGAAGAAUUCCAUCAGGAAGUCAGCUUCAGCUAUUUAACUCUUCCAUGUACGAGGGGAAUGCCGGACUUUGUGGCUUUCCACUCACAAAAAGAUGUGAUGAAACAAGGCCCGAAUCUCAGCCAUCAUCCAAUGGAAAUGAAGAUGACAUCUUCUACGAGAGAUGGUUAUGCGUAAGUGCUACACUCGGUUUCACCACGGCCUUUUGUGGCGUCUGUGUAACUCUACUACUCCCCAGUGAUCAGAGACAUGAAGACUUGUUGAACUUCAGGGAUCAGAUUUAUGUGUUCAUGUCUACUUGCAUUGCUAAAUUGAAGUGCAUAUACAACAAGGAUGCUGGUGGUGUCACUGAUGAUGCGUCUAGUACUUGAGCCGCAGAAGUUGUUUCAACGUAUUGAUGCUGCUAAAGAAUUCAUUCAGAGGCAUUCCCUAUGUGAUGAAUCGUCAUUGGUUGCACAAGAGGAUGUGAUGAAUCGUUAGUAACAGCAGAGUGUUUUAUCACCGCAGUAUCAGAGCUUAGUUGUUGCGUGGAAAUGAGCAAUAAAUUAUCGUAUUGUACAUUUGUACUAGGCAAUAAAACAUUCCUGAGUGUGAGACAUUAUGUAUGCAUAUUCUUUGGGCAUUCAACUGAUUGGACCGGCUGCACGCCUUCUGACAGGUGCAACCUUAUGGAAAUGUAUUUAAUUGAAAUUCUAAAACUUUUUUUUUCA